GUUAUAAGAACAUGUGGAAAACGUCAUACAUAGGCUAUGUGUGCUUUGUUUACACACCUCUGAAAGUAAAGGCUAUGGAAUAAAAACAAAAGCAACAUUUUUCCUAAUUGAUACAAUUAAUAAACCACGACCCAAGUCAUCGAAUUCCAAAAGCCUACGAAAGCGCUGCUUAAAAAACUAGUCGCAUGUUCUGUCGCAAAGAUUCAAGCUCUGUUUGAGACCCAGGACUAAAAACAAAAUGUCUGCAAAAUUCCCUGAUUUCUUUCAUUCUCAUUGGCGUCCUCCACCAUACGAGUUGUGUGAAGAAGAUAAAGAGUGGAUCAAAAGAGAUUGGGUGAGGAAAGACUUCAAGCAUGGGAGGAGUCCGUACAUUAUAAAUGGUGUCCCUAUAGCCGAUGUUUUGAAAGGAAGCGCCCAAUUCCCGUGCGACUGCCGAUCUGACGUUAUCUUUUACAACGGCAGGGCUUAUGAUCAGAAGUAUUUCCUACAAGCUCGACUUAGAACCCGCCCCUGCAAUGUGAUGUUUCUGGAAGGGAAAUUAAUACCUCCAUUUAUGCCUGGCAAAUCUCCACAGAUCUUGGGACCAUACCGAAAUAGAGAUAAACCACCAAUAAACACAGGUUUUAACAAUUGCAUCUUUGGUAAAGGUUUAAACCCCUGCUGUACCACAUCUAUAUUCAAUGAUACAGUUCCACCCUAUCACAACACCAAAGAUUACGGCUACACCCGGAUGGGUCUACCCUAUGGAGAGACCAUUGGCUUCUUUAGAUUUAAACCGAAAAAAAUUUGUGACUGCAGGCAGGUGCCUCUUCAAAGUCUAGGUGAAUGCUGUACUUGUGAACCAGGGGAAUACAACCCUGCCCAGUAUAUCCAAGAUGAAUGUCCACCUGCCUGUUGCUGCUGAAUCUCACACAGAACUUGGAUUAAAACAUCUGACAAUCAACUGAUAUCAAGAGGAAAACAGUUAUAACAUCAAAUGAAAUAAUAACCUUACAAUAAAUAUCACUUUAGGAAAUGUAACAACUUGAAA